GCCCAGGAAGUCUCGCGAGAAUCCAGUGGCCAAUGAGCGGGAUCGGUGUGGAACGUAGGCGGGGCUGAGCUGUCAGAGAGGAGCUGGAGAGUGUGAGGAAGAGACAGAAGGAGAGAGGCGCCCGCUGGUGCCCUGGGAGGGGCGGGAGGAGGAGGAGGAGAUGUCUGCCGCUGGGGAUUCCGAGGAAAUGCCCGAGACCCUCAUGAUGGAGUCGAAGGAGUGUAUGGCCGUCUCUAGUAUCCUGGGCCCUGUACCUGCCUCGUCCGUCGUCACCUCCAGCUCCUUCAGCCCAAGUGACUUGGAGUUUCCCAGGAAGAGGAAAGCCAGUGACUCUGACAACCAAGUCACUGAGGGAUCAGAAAUGAAUGACGUCCAGGGAAGAGAGGCGCACAGAGAGACGGAGAAGAGGCGCAGGGAGAAAAUGAAUAACCUGAUAGAGAACUUGUCGGCCAUGAUCCCCCAGUGCGCCCCAUUACCCAACAAACUGGACAAGCUGACUGUGCUGCGCAUGGCCGUCCAACACUUAAAGUCGCUGAAAGGAUCCAUCCCCUCUUUCGUCGACGAGAGCCCAAAGCCUUCGUUUUUAAAGCACGAAGAGAUGAAAGAGUUAAUCCUAAGGGCAGCGGAGGGAUUCCUGUUUGUGGUUGGAUGUGACCGAGGAGAAAUCCAGUUUGUGUCUGAAUCCGUCACAAAGACACUGAAGUACAAUCAGGGAGACCUCAUGGCGAAAAGCUUAUUUGAUCUCCUACACCCCAAAGAUGUUGCCAAAGUAAAAGAGCAGCUUUCCUCCUCCGACAUCGCCCCCCGGGAGAAACUGAUUGAUGCCAAAACUGGUUUGCAAGUUCACACGCACUUUCAGGCGUCGCGUUUGCACUGGGGCUCCCGGAGGUCUUUCUUCUGCCGGAUGAAGAGCGGCCGAUCCGUUCAUAAGGAAGAGAAGGGUUUCUUGCACAACUCCAAGAAGAGUCACCGGCAAUAUUGCACCAUACACUGCACCGGCUACUUGAGGAGCUGCCCCCCCACCCAAGAGGACUGUGACAGUGACAGGGAGGCUACCAAUGCCAGGUGCCUGGUGGCCAUCGGCAGACUCCACCCGUAUAUCACCCCACAGAACAACUCCGAAGUGAAAGUGAAACCCACUGAAUUUGUCACCCGCUACACUAUGGAUGGGAAGUUUGUUUAUGUCGAUCAACGAGCCACGGCCAUAUUAGGAUACCUCCCACAGGAGUUACUCGGGACCUCAUGCUAUGAAUACUUUCAUAUAGACGACUACGGGCACCUAACCGACCGGCACAAAGCAGUGCUUCAGAGCAACAAGAAAGUUGUCACCAACUGCUACAAAUUUCGGGUGAAAGACGGCUCCUUCGUUACGUUACAAAGCCAGUGGUUCAGUUUCAUCAACCCGUGGACCAAAGAUCUGGAGUACAUUGUAUCGGUCAAUACCGUGGUCCCGAAUCACAGUUCAUCGUCAGAGGAAACCUCAUCUCUGCCGAGCAGCUCACACUCCUCUCAAGUCCCGUCAGAUAACGCCAAACACCCCUUUCUCAAUAUCCCCGGGACGUCCAGUGAGAUCCUGCUCGGUGCCGCCAAUAUCGGGACCCAGAUUGUAAAGGAAGUGAUGAGUUUACAGAGGUCUAACUCCUCACCUUUAAAUGCCGAUGUUAGUCCCAGUGGGACCCCAAUAAAGUCUCCACCAGCCCUUACCGACCCGUCAACUUCCGUGCAGAAAGGCGAGCUGCUCACACUGUCUCCCACGGAGAUGGAGAAGAUGGACACAUCCCAUAGCAACAGCGUGCCGUCCUUUCAAAUACCCGACAGUUUCCUCAGUGACAGUAACACCUUGGACUUUGGGCACGACGAAACCACCAUGGCGGCUCUUAUGAACAUUUUCGAAGCGGACGGAGGCCUGGGGAGCAGCCAAGAGCUGGGUGGAAUGCCCUGGGCUCUAUAGCGGGACGGAAGCCUUUGCUGCACAAUGAUAUGUACUGUAUAUACUAAGGCUUGAUACCCUUUGUACUUUUGUAUAUUUUGUUACCUGAUAACCAUAGAACCAAUCAUUUCCAUAAGCGGGGAGUUGGGGCACAAUAUGGGGGUAGGGUAUUGCAUUAUGGAGAGGGGGAGCCAUACACAAAAACAUCAUGUAUAUUUUAUUAUAAAGGGGAGAUAAACACCAAUAUAAAACCUUUGCCUAAUGAAAGGAAAAGCAGAAUCAUUGCUGGUUCCGACUGCACAUACCGUUUAAACAAUGUAACAGCCCGUCCGUUCUCCACCUGCCAAGACUCCCAUUCCCUCGGUGCCUUUCCUCGUCUGGAUCAAGUAGAAGUCGGGCAGAGCAUGUGAGGAAUUGGGGUAUUGGCUGAAGGGAAGCCGACUAUCACUACCUUGUAUCCGUGGUACAAAUAGUCGGAACUAGUAAGAAAUGUAAAGGGGAUAUAAACCCACCCGCGUGGCUGGAUGUGGGUCCCCUUUACAAAUUCCCCCCACCCAAAAGACUGAAAAGCAGAGGGGAGGUGCUCCUGUUAUAGAUUCAUGAUAUUAGCUGUAUAAAGCUGCAAAUAUCAUGAAAACAAAAAAAAAAUGGUUCAUUGCAAAAAGAGCUGUUGUAAGUUGUAAAAUCGGAGACAGUUAAUGGAUACGAAAGGUUUCCAAGUUAGAGGUAAAUUAAAUCUGCUGUCAUUAUGCAGCAUUUGGGGGGUUUACAUCCCCUUUAAGUGCAACUUUCUAAACAAUACCCAAAUCUGGGUGCCUUGAUAAUGACCGUGGAGAUAGCGCAGUCCUGUAUAUGGAAGUACCCGACAUGUAUUGUAUCACCGCCGGGGCCAACCCUGGCCCAAAUCUCACGGGAGCAAGAGGAUUUUUCAAGAUCCAGGACCCCAAAACUAUCCACCUGAAUAUAUAUUUGAUACCAGUAGCCUAGCAACAGAAUAACCCUGUCAUGUGAUUUAUGAAUAAAAUCAAUCCGGCCACGGGUUUUUAACCCAA